AUGGGGUUUGGUCAGAGGAUAAAGGUCUCCAUAUGGGCCUUUAUGUUAGGUGUCUGCUGUGCCCAACAACAAGCAUUUACUACUAAUACUCCAUCUGGAACAGUGAACUUCAUCCCACCACUGACAACAAGCCCAGUAAUAACAUCCUUCAACCCUGCUCACAAUGGCCGCGUAUGCAGUACGUGGGGCAAUUUCCACUUCAGGACUUUUGAUGGGGACAUCUUUUACUUCCCUGGGCUCUGCAAUUACGUCUUUGCAUCCCACUGCAAUGCUGCCUAUGAGGAUUUCAACAUCCAAAUCAGGCGCACUAUGGUGAAAAAUGCUCCUACUAUCAACCAUAUCACCAUGAAGCUCAAUGGGGUGGUUUUUGAAAUGACAAAGAACUUGGUUGUUGUCAAUGGCAACAGGGUUCAGCUGCCUUACAGCCAGUCUGGAAUCAUGGCUGAGAGAAGCAGCAUGUAUACGAAAGUGACUGCCAAAAUAGGCCUGGUUUUCAUGUGGAAUGAUGACGACAGCAUCCUGCUGGAACUGAGUGACAAAUAUGCCAAUUAUACCUGUGGGCUUUGUGGGGACUUCAAUGGUAUUCCAACUUACAAUGAGUUCUUUUCAAACAAUGCCAAGCUGACUGCCACGCAGUUUGGAAAUAUGCAAAAGAUGGAUGGGCCAACAGAAGUCUGUGAAGAUCCUACAUCAUCCUCCCUAAACAACUGCACGGGCAAUAUUGAUGACAUUUGCCAUAAAGUAUUGACUGGCCCUGCAUUUUCAGAAUGUAAUACACAAGUUGAGGUUAGCGAGUACAUUAAGUCUUGUGAACAAGACUUGUGCCGCUGUGACCAGUCUGAGAAUGCCUUCUGUAUUUGUAACACCUUUGGUGAAUACUCCCGGCAGUGUGCCCAUGCCGGUGGACAACCUCUGAACUGGAGAACUCCACAACUGUGUCCCAAGACGUGUCCUUUCAACAUGGAGUACCAGGAAUGUGGAUCCCCCUGCAUUGACACCUGCACCAACCGGGAAAGAGCUCAAGUCUGUGAAGAUCACUGUAUAGAUGGCUGCUUCUGUCCCGCAGGAACUGUUCUUGAUGACAUUAACAAUGCUGGCUGCAUCCCCCUUUUGGAGUGCUCCUGUACUUACAAUGGCAACUCUUAUGCUCCAGGGACAUCUUUUGACGCCCACUGCCGUUCCUGUACCUGCAAUGGAGGCCUGUGGAAUUGCAAAGACAUUCCAUGCCCUGGAUCUUGUACAGUAGAGGGAGGUUCACACAUCUCCACAUAUGAUGAAAAACGUUACAAUGUCCAUGGAGACUGCAUUUAUGUUUUGUCUAAGCUCUGUGAAAAUGACACAUUCGCUGUUCUGGGAGAACUCCGCAGAUGUGGCUUGACAGUCACUGAGACAUGCUUAAAGGCAAUACUCCUCAGCAUUAAUGGAGGACAAACUAUCAUUACAAUCAACUCUGGAGGUGGUGUGUUUGUGAAUUGGAUCUACACUCUGUUGCCCUUCUCAGCAGCCAAUGUCACCAUUUUCAGACCCUCAUCCUUCUUCAUCAUGGUGGAAACAAACUUUGGACUUCAACUGGAGAUCCAACUUGUACCCAUCAUGCAAGCGUUUGUGCGACUGGAUCCAUCUUUCAAAGGGCAGACUUGUGGUCUCUGUGGAAACUUCAACGAUAUUGGGGCUGAUGACUUCAAAGCCAUGAGUGGUGUAGUGGAAGGAACAACAGCUGCAUUUGCUAAUACCUGGAGAUCACAGGCUUCAUGCCCUACUAUCGAAAACUACUUUGAGAAUCCUUGCGCCCUCAGCGUAGAAAAUGAAAAGUAUGCUCAGCACUGGUGCGGAUUGCUGAUGGACAGCACAGGACCUUUUGCCAAUUGCCACUCCACAGUCAAUCCAGCUGUUUACCACACGAACUGUCUGUUUGACACCUGUAAUUGUGAAAAGAGUGAGGAUUGCAUGUGUGCUGCCCUCUCUUCCUAUGUGAGAGCCUGUGCUGCCAAAGGAGUCCAGCUGGAGGGAUGGAGGACUGAUGUCUGUUCCAAAUACACAACCUUGUGUCCCAAAUCGUUGAGCUACAGCUAUAACAUCAGUUCCUGUCAACCCACUUGCCGGUCUCUGAGUGAGCCCGAUGUCACAUGUAACAUCAGGUUCCUUCCAGUUGAUGGUUGCACCUGUGAAAAAGGAACCUACAUGGAUGAAUAUGGCAAAUGUGUGUCUGCUAGCAAAUGUCCUUGUUAUUACAAAGGAUCUCCCAUGCUCUCUGGGGAAGUUGUUCAUGAAGAUGGUCUUAUAUGCACUUGUGCACAGGGUAGACUGAGCUGCAUUGGAGCUGUGAACCAAAUCCCAGUUUGCGCUCCUCCCAUGGUCUACUUUGACUGCAGAAAUGUCACUGCAGGCACCACUGGAGCCGAAUGCCAGAAGAGCUGCCAGACUCUGGACAUGCAGUGUUACAGCACACAGUGUAUGUCUGGCUGCAUAUGCCCGUCUGGGCUAGUGUCAGAUGGUAAAGGCAGCUGUAUUGUUGAAGAGGAAUGUCCAUGUAUUCACAACGAGGCUACCUACAAACCAGGGGAAGAGAUCAAAGUUGACUGCAACACCUGCGUGUGUAAGAACAGGAUGUGGAAAUGCACCAGUGAACAAUGCCUUGGUACGUGCGCUGUUUAUGGAGAUGGGCAUUACAUCACAUUUGAUGACAAAUGGUUUAACUUCAACGGAGAUUGUGAAUACACAUUAGUCCAGGACCACUGUGGGAAAAACAGCACAGUCAAUGGAACCUUUCGAGUUGUCACUGAAAACAUCCCCUGUGGCUCCACUGGGACUACCUGCUCUAAGUCUAUUAAAGUCUUCCUAGCGGGCUAUGAGUUGAUACUCAGUGAGGAACACCUUGAAGUGGUAGAAAGAGAAAAUGGAAGGCAAAUGCCGUACCAAGUCCGCUAUAUGGGCAUGUACUUAGUUAUUGAGACCAACAAUGGACUGAUCCUCAUGUGGGAUAAGAAAACCAGCAUCUUCAUCAAACUUAGCCCUGAUUUCAAGGGUCAGGUCUGUGGCCUGUGUGGGAACUACGAUGGCAAUGGCAUUAAUGACUUUACCACCAGAAGUCAGUCUGUGGUAGGAGAUGUGCUGGAGUUUGGAAACAGCUGGAAAGUGUCUCUUACUUGUCCUGUUGCCAACUCUACAAAGGACCCGUGCUCUACCAACCCUUAUAGGAAGUCCUGGUCACAGAGGCAGUGCAGCAUCAUCAACAGUGAAGUCUUUGCUGCGUGUCACUCUCAGAUUGAACCAACUAAAUAUUACGAAGCAUGCGUGACUGAUGCUUGUGCUUGUGACAGUGGGGGAGACUGUGAAUGUUUCUGUACAGCAGUAGCUGCAUAUGCUCAAGCAUGUAGUGAAUUUGGUGUCUGUGUAGCCUGGAGAACUCCAUCAAUCUGUCCUAUGUUCUGUGAUUAUUACAACCCAGAAGGGGGAUGUGAGUGGCACUACAAGCCUUGUGGAGCCCCCUGCAUGAAGACCUGUAGGAAUCCAAGUGGAAGAUGCCUUCAUAAGUUACCAGGUUUAGAAGGCUGCUAUCCAAACUGUCCAGCAAACAAGCCAUAUUUCAAUGAGGAUGAGAUGACAUGUGUUGAUAACUGUGGCUGUUAUGAUGCUGAAGGAAACUACCACAAACCAGGAGUGAGCUUCUACUCAUGGGACAACUGUCAGUCAUGUACAUGCACAGUGGAAGGCUUAGAGUGCAAAUAUGAUGCUGAAGCAUGUUAUUGCUAUUAUGAAGAACACAAAUAUAAAUAUAAGGAUGUCAUUUAUAACACCACAGAUGGGAUUGGAGGGUGUCUGAGUGCAACUUGUGACAUCAACGGAACCAUAACCAGAAAAUUCUUUGAAUGCAGUGGAAUUACAACUACCAUCCCAUUCACAUUUAGUACAGUUCUACCUACGAGUGCUGCAGGAACAACAACUACACCACCAGUUACAACAGUGUGUGUUCACAACGUAUGCCAAUGGUCACAAUGGUAUGAUAUCAGAUCUCCAACAACAGACAACAACAAUGGAGAUUUUGAAACAUUUGAAAAAAUAAAAGCUAAUGGAUAUGGAGUUUGCGAAACUCCAAACGAUGUGGAAUGCAGGGCAGAACCCAACAGUUCCAUACAAAUAAAAGACCUAAAACAAAAGAUAACAUGUAGCAAAGACUUCGGACUCAUAUGUAAUAAUGAGGAUCAGAGUCCAGAAAACUGCUACAACUAUCAGAUCAGAAUAUUAUGUUGUACUUAUGUACCAUGUGAAUCUUCAACAUCAACCCCACCAGUCAAAACUAGUGGACACCCAACAGUAACAGCUACCUCACUUGAGUCAAAACCAGUUUUAAAUCCAACUGCGUCAAUAAGUACAGAAGGUCCAACUCCAUUCCCACUUGCCACGACUUCAUCUGUCACCACCACGCUUGUGCCCCCAGUUUCCAUUACACUAUCAGUCACCUCCACUGCAUCUCCUCCAACUCCAGGCACAGCAACAGGCUCAGCUGGUACAGCAUCACUGCAAACAGGCACAAUCCCACCUGUGAAAGGCAUGCGUCCACAACCUUCACCAGGUUCCACUCUUCCUUCUUCAGAACAACCAACCACUGAAGGCACCACACUACCCUCUACACAGCCAAUAUCAGAGGGAAGCACCACCACAAUUGUUCCCCCAGUUUCCACUACCGUGUCAGUCACCUCCACUGCAUCUCCUCCUACUCCAGCCACAGCAACAGGCUCAGCUGGUACAGCAUCACUGCAAACAGGCACAAUCCCACCUCUGACAGGCACGCGUCCACAACCUUCACCAGGUUCCACUCUUCCUUCUUCAGAACAAACAACCACUGAAGGCACCACACUACUCUCUACGCAGCCAAAACCAAAGGGAAGCACCACCACGCUUUUACCCCCAGUUUCCACUACCAUGUCAGUCACCUCCACUGCGUCUCCUCCAACUCCAGGCACAGCAACAGGCUCAGCUGGUACAGCACCACUGCCAACCGGCACAAUCCCACCUCUGACAGGCACGGGUCCGCAACCUUCACCAGGUUCCACCCUUCCUCCUUUGGGACAAACAACCACAGAAGGCACCACACUAAUCUCUACGCAGCCAGCAUCUCAGGGAAGCACCACCACGCUUUUACCCCCAGUUUCCACUACAAUAUCAGUCACCUCCACUUCAUCUCCACCAACUCCGGGCACAGCAACAGGCUCAGCUGGUACAGCAUCACUGCAAACAGGCACAAUCCCACAUGUGACAAGCAUGCGUCCACAACCUUCACCAGCUUCCACUCUUCCUUCUUCGGAACAACCAACCACUGAAGGCACCACACUACUCUCCACGCAGCCAACAGCUCAGGGAAGCACCACCACGCUUUUACCCCCAGUUUCCACUGCAGUAUCAGUCACCUCCACUGCAUCUCCACCAACUCUGGGCACAGCAACAGGCUCAGCUCUUACAGCAUCACUGCAAACAGGCACAAUCCCACAUGUGACAAGCACACGUCCACAAUCUUCACCAGGUUCCACUCUUCCUCCUUUGGGAAAAACAACCACUGAAGGCACCACAGUACUCUCUACACAGCCAAUAUCAGAGGGAAGCACCACCACGCUUUUACCCCCAGUUUCCACUACCAUGUCAGUCACCUCCACUGCAUCUCCUCCAACUCCAGGCACAGCAACAGGCUCAGCUAGUACAGCAUCACUGCAAACAGGCACAAUCCCACCUGUGAAAGGCAUGCGUCCACAACCUUCACCAGGUUCCACUCUUCCUUCUUCAGAACAACCAACCACUGAAGGCACCACACUACUCUCUACGCAGCCAACACCACAAGGAAGCACCACCAUGCUUGUACCCCCAGUUUCCACUACAGUAUCAGUCACCUCCACUGCAUCUCCUCCAACUCCAGGCACAGCAACAGGCUCAGCUGGUACAGCAUCACUGCAAACAGGCACAAUCCCACAUGUGACAAGCACACGUCCACAAUCUUCACCAGGUUCCACUCUUCCUCCUUUGGGAAAAACAACCACUGUAGGCACCACACUACUCUCUACGCAGCCAAUAUCAGAGGGAAGCACCACCACGCUUGUACCCCCAGUUUCCACUACCGUGUCAGUCACCUCCACUGCAUCUCCUCCUACUCCAGCCACAGCAACAGGCUCAGCUGGUACAGCACCACUGCCAACAGGCACAAUCCCAUCUCUGACAGGCACGCGUCCACAAUCUUCACCAGGUUCCACACUUCCUUCUUCAGAACAACCAACCACUGAAGGCACCACACUACCCUCUACACAGCCAAUAUCAGAGGGAGGCACCACCACGCUUGUAACCCCAGUUUCCACUACCAUGUCAGUCACCUCCACUGCAUCUCCUCCUACUCCAGGCACAGCAACAGGCUCAGCUGGUACAGCAUCACUUCAAACAGGCACAAUCCCACCUCUGACAGGCACACGUCCACAACCUUCACCAGGUUCCACUCUUCCUUCUUCAGAACAAACAACCACUGAAGGCACCACACUACUCUCUACGCAGCCAAUAUCAAAGGGAAGCACCACCACGCUUUUACCCCCAGUUUCCACUACCAUGUCAGUCACCUCCACUGCGUCUCCUCCAACUCCAGGCACAGCAACAGGCUCAGCUGGUACAGCACCACUGCCAACCGGCACAAUCCCACCUCUGACAGGCACGGGUCCGCAACCUUCACCAGGUUCCACCCUUCCUCCUUUGGGACAAACAACCACAGAAGGCACCACACUACUCUCUACGCAGCCAACAUCUCAGGGAAGCACCACCACGCUUUUACCCCCAGUUUCCACUACAGUAUCAGUCACCUCCACUGCAUCUCCUCCAACUCCAGGCACAGCAACAGGCUCAGCUGGUACAGCAUCACUGCAAACAGGCACAAUCCCACAUGUGACAAGCACACGUCCACAAUCUUCACCAGGUUCCACUCUUCCUCCUUUGGGAAAAACAACCACUGAAGGCACCACACUACUCUCUACGCAGCCAAUAUCAGAGGGAAGCACCACCACGCUUGUACCCCCAGUUUCCACUACCGUGUCAGUCACCUCCACUGCAUCUCCUCCUACUCCAGCCACAGCAACAGGCUCAGCUGGUACAGCAUCACUGCAAACAGGCACAAUCCCACCUCUGACAGGCACGCGUCCACAACCUUCACCAGGUUCCACUCUUCCUUCUUCAGAACAAACAACCACUGAAGGCACCACACUACUCGCUACGCAGCCAAUAUCAAAGGGAAGCACCACCACGCUUUUACCCCCAGUUUCCACUACCAUGUCAGUCACCUCCACUGCGUCUCCUCCAACUCCAGGCACAGCAACAGGUUCAGCUGGUACAGCACCACUGCCAACCGGCACAAUCCCACCUCUGACAGGCACGGGUCCGCAACCUUCACCAGGUUCCACCCUUCCUCCUUUGGGACAAACAACCACAGAAGGCACCACACUAAUCUCUACGCAGCCAGCAUCUCAGGGAAGCACCACCACGCUUUUACCCCCAGUUUCCACUACAAUAUCAGUCACCUCCACUUCAUCUCCACCAACUCCGGGCACAGCAACAGGCUCAGCUGGUACAGCAUCACUGCAAACAGGCACAAUCCCACAUGUGACAAGCACACGUCCACAAUCUUCACCAGGUUCCACUCUUCCUCCUUUGGGAAAAACAACCACUGAAGGCACCACACUACUCUCUACGCAGCCAAUAUCAGAGGGAAGCACCACCACGCUUGUACCCCCAGUUUCCACUACCGUGUCAGUCACCUCCACUGCAUCUCCUCCUACUCCAGGCACAGCAACAGGCUCAGCUGGUACAGCAUCACUGCAAACAGGCACAAUCCCACAUGUGACAAGCACGCGUCCACAAUCUUCACCAGGUUCCACUCUUCCUUCUUCAGAACAACCAACCACUGAAGGCACCACACUACUCUCUACGCAGCCAACAUCAGAGGGAAGCACCACCACGCUUGUACCCCCAGUUUCCACUACCGUGUCAGUCACCUCCACUGCAUCUCCUCCUACUCCAGCCACAGCAACAGGCUCAGCUGGUACAGCAUCACUGCAAACAGGCACAAUCCCACCUCUGACAGGCACACGUCCACAACCUUCACCAGGUUCCACUCUUCCUUCUUCAGAACAAACAACCACUGAAGGCACCACACUACUCUCUACGCAGCCAAUAUCAAAGGGAAGCACCACCACGCUUUUACCCCCAGUUUCCACUACCAUGUCAGUCACCUCCACUGCGUCUCUUCCAACUCCAGGCACAGCAACAGGCUCAGCUGGUACAGCACCACUGCCAACCGGCACAAUCCCACCUCUGACAGGCACGGGUCCGCAACCUUCACCAGGUUCCACCCUUCCUCCUUUGGGACAAACAACCACAGAAGGCACCACACUACUCUCUACGCAGCCAACAUCUCAGAGAAGCACCACCAUGCUUUUACCCCCAGUUUCCACUACAAUAUCAGUCACCUCCACUUCAUCUGCACCAACUCCGGGCACAGCAACAGGCUCAGCUGGUACAGCAUCACUGCAAACAGGCACAAUCCCACAUGUGACAAGCACACGUCCACAAUCUUCACCAGGUUCCACUCUUCCUCCUUUGGGAAAAACAACCACUGAAGGCACCACACUACUCUCUACGCAGCCAAUAUCAGAGGGAAGCACCACCACGCUUGUACCCCCAGUUUCCACUACCGUGUCAGUCACCUCCACUGCAUCUCCUCCUACUCCAGGCACAGCAACAGGCUCAGCUGGUACAGCAUCACUGCAAACAGGCAGAAUCCCACCUCUGAUAGGCACGCGUCCACAACCUUCACCAGGUUCCACUCUUCCUCCUUUGGGAAAAACAACCACUGAAGGCACCACACUACUCUCUACGCAGCCAAUAUCAGAGGGAAGCACCACCACGCUUGUACCCCCAGUUUCCACUACCGUGUCAGUCACCUCCACUGCAUCUCCUCCUACUCCAGCCACAGCAACAGGCUCAGCUGGUACAGCACCACUGCCAACAGGCACAAUCCCAUCUCUGACAGGCACGCGUCCACAAUCUUCACCAGGUUCCACACUUCCUUCUUCAGAACAACCAACCACUGAAGGCACCACACUACCCUCUACACAGCCAAUAUCAGAGGGAAGCACCACCACGCUUGUACCCCCAGUUUCCACUACCAUGUCUGUCACCUCCACUGCAUCUCCUCCUACUCCAGGCAGAGCAACAGGCUCAGCUGGUACAGCAUCACUGCAAACAGGCACAAUCCCACCUCUGACAGGCACACGUCCACAACCUUCACCAGGUUCCACUCUUCCUUCUUCAGAACAAACAACCACUGAAGGCACCACACUACUCUCUACGCAGCCAAUAUCAAAGGGAAGCACCACCACGCUUUUACCCCCAGUUUCCACUACCAUGUCAGUCACCUCCACUGCGUCUCUUCCAACUCCAGGCACAGCAACAGGCUCAGCUGGUACAGCACCACUGCCAACCGGCACAAUCCCACCUCUGACAGGCACGGGUCCGCAACCUUCACCAGGUUCCACCCUUCCUCCUUUGGGACAAACAACCACAGAAGGCACCACACUACUCUCUACGCAGCCAACAUCUCAGGGAAGCACCACCACGCUUUUACCCCCAGUUUCCACUACAAUAUCAGUCACCUCCACUUCAUCUGCACCAACUCCGGGCACAGCAACAGGCUCAGCUGGUACAGCAUCACUGCAAACAGGCACAAUCCCACAUGUGACAAGCACACGUCCACAAUCUUCACCAGGUUCCACUCUUCCUCCUUUGGGAAAAACAACCACUGAAGGCACCACACUACUCUCUACGCAGCCAAUAUCAGAGGGAAGCACCACCACGCUUGUACCCCCAGUUUCCACUACCGUGUCAGUCACCUCCACUGCAUCUCCUCCUACUCCAGGCACAGCAACAGGCUCAGCUGGUACAGCAUCACUGCAAACAGGCAGAAUCCCACCUCUGAUAGGCACGCGUCCACAACCUUCACCAGGUUCCACUCUUCCUUCUUCAGAACAAACAACCACUGAAGGCACCACACUACCCUCUACACAGCCAAUAUCAGAGGGAAGCACCACCACGAUUGUACCCCCAGUUUCCACUACCGUGUCAGUCACCUCCACUGCAUCUCCUCCUACUCCAGCCACAGCAACAGGCUCAGCUGGUACAGCAUCACUGCAAACAGGCACAAUCCCACCUCUGACAGGCACGCGUCCACAACCUUCACCAGGUUCCACUCUUCCUUCUUCAGAACAAACAACCACUGAAGGCACCACACUACUCUCUACGCAGCCAAUAUCAAAGGGAAGCACCACCACGCUUUUACCCCCAGUUUCCACUACCAUGUCAGUCACCUCCACUGCGUCUCCUCCAACUCCAGGCACAGCAACAGGCUCAGCUGGUACAGCACCACUGCCAACCGGCACAAUCCCACCUCUGACAGGCACGGGUCCGCAACCUUCACCAGGUUCCACCCUUCCUCCUUUGGGACAAACAACCACAGAAGGCACCACACUACUCUCUACGCAGCCAACAUCUCAGGGAAGCACCACCACGCUUUUACCCCCAGUUUCCACUACAAUAUCAGUCACCUCCACUUCAUCUCCACCAACUCCGGGCACAGCAACAGGCUCAGCUGGUACAGCAUCACUGCAAACAGGCACAAUCCCACAUGUGACAAGCAAACGUCCACAAUCUUCACCAGGUUCCACUCUUCCUCCUUUGGGACAAACAACCACAGAAGGCACCACACUACUCUCUACGCAGCCAAAAUCUCAGGGAAGCACCACCACGCUUGUACCCCCAGUUUCCACUACAAUAUCAGUCACCUCCACUUCAUCUCCACCAACUCCGGGCACAGCAACAGGCUCAGCUGGUACAGCAUCACUGCAAACAGGCACAAUCCCACAUGUGACAAGCAAACGUCCACAAUCUUCACCAGGUUCCACUCUUCCUCCUUUGGGACAAACAACCACAGAAGGCACCACACUACUCUCUACGCAGCCAACAUCUCAGGGAAGCACCACCACGCUUUUACCCCCAGUUUCCACUACAAUAUCAGUCACCUCCACUUCAUCUCCACCAACUCCGGGCACAGCAACAGGCUCAGCUGGUACAGCAUCACUGCAAACAGGCACAAUCCCACCUCUGACAGGCACGCGUCCACAACCUUCACCAGGUUCCACUCUUCCUUCUUCAGAACAAACAACCACUGAAGGCACCACACUACUCUCUACGCAGCCAAUACCAAAGGGAAGCACCACCACGCUUUUACCCCCAGUUUCCACUACCAUGUCAGUCACCUCCACUGCAUCUCCUCCAACUCCAGGCAUAGCAACAGGCUCAGCUAGUACAGCAUCACUGCAAACAGGCACAAUCCCACCUCUGACAGGCACGCGUCCACAACCUUCACCAGGUUCCACUCUUCCUUCUUCAGAACAAACAACCACUGAAGGCACCACACUACUCUCUACGCAGCCAAUACCAAAGGGAAGCACCACCACGCUUUUACCCCCAGUUUCCACUACCAUGUCAGUCACCUCCACUGCAUCUCCUCCAACUCCAGGCACAGCAACAGGCUCAGCUGUUUCCACUACAAUAUCAGUCACCUCCACUUCAUCUCCACCAACUCCGGGCACAGCAACAGGCUCAGCUGGUACAGCAUCACUGCAAACAGGCACAAUCCCACAUGUGACAAGCACACGUCCACAAUCUUCACCAGGUUCCACUCUUCCUCCUUUGGGAAAAACAACCACUGUAGGCACCACACUACUCUCUACGCAGCCAACAUCAGAGGGAAGCACCACCACGCUUGUACCCCCAGUUUCCACUACCGUGUCAGUCACCUCCACUGCAUCUCCUCCUACUCCAGCCACAGCAACAGGCUCAGCUGGUACAGCAUCACUGCAAACAGGCACAAUCCCACCUCUGACAGGCACGCGUCCACAACCUUCACCAGGUUCCACUCUUCCUUCUUCAGAACAAACAACCACUGAAGGCACCACACUACUCUCUACGCAGCCAAUAUCAAAGGGAAGCACCACCACGCUUUUACCCCCAGUUUCCACUACCAUGUCAGUCACCUCCACUGCGUCUCCUCCAACUCCAGGCACAGCAACAGGCUCAGCUGGUACAGCACCACUGCCAACCGGCACAAUCCCACCUCUGACAGGCACGGGUCCGCAACCUUCACCAGGUUCCACCCUUCCUCCUUUGGGAAAAACAACCACUGAAGGCACCACACUACUCUCUAUGCAGCCAACAUCUCAGGGAAGCACCACCGUGUCAGUCACCUCCACUGCAUCUCCUCCUACUCCAGGCAGAGCAACAGGCUCAGCUGGUACAGCACCACUGCAAACAGGCACAAUCCCACCUGUGACAGGCACACGUGGAGAAAUGAUAACAGGUUCAGCCUCCACGGGUAAGAGUUCUACCAUCACUGGAAGUACUAUGCUUUUAUUCACAAGCCCAGUACAGUCAACAUCACAGGGAAGCACCACCACAAUUUUAUCUCCAGUUUCCAGUACUGUUGCUGUCUCCCCAACUUUAAGCAUUAGAACCCCUGAAAAAUCUACUAUUUCAAGGCUAACUUCUUCAGUAUCUGCAAGAACAGAAGGCCCCAGUAUAGCCUACACAGCACAUGAAAAAAGUACAUCUUUCACUUCAAGCAGAGUAACACCGUGUUUAUGCCAUGUGUCUGGUGAUUUCUUUUCUCCCGGUGAAGUUAUCUACAACAGAACAGAUAGCACUGGUUGUAGUUUUUAUGCACUUUGCAGUAAAAGAUGUGAAAUUGAACGACUCCAGGGGUCAUGUCCUACAACAGCUCUUGUAUCAUUAAGCCCGUCAUCUACAAUACCAAGCUUAUCAACCCCAACAGCUCUAUCUUCUUCAGUGUCAGCAACUCCAGAAACUAUUCCAAUAUCAGGUUGCCCUGAUGCUGACCCGCCAAGAAAGAUGAAUGAAUCCUGGAUGUUAAACAAUUGCACUAUGGCAACUUGUGAGGGAGACAACAGAAUUGUUCUAUUGCUUCCUCCAGCUGUAGAGAUGAUUACUUGUGCAAGUGGACUCCCACCAAUAAAAGUCUAUGAUGAGGAUGGCUGCAAUUACCACUAUGAGUGUGACUGUGUUUGCAGUGGCUGGAGCAGUUCUGACUACUUGACUUUUGAUGGAACUCACUACACAUUCCAUGGCAACUGCACAUACGUGCUGAUGAAACAGAUUGUGCCCAAAUACAAUUUCAGCAUCCUUGUUGAAAAUGACUUCUGUGAUGUGCCUGAUGGACUCUCCUGCCCUAGAUCUAUCAUCGUGAAUUACAACUCCAUGGAAAUAGUGCUGGUCAGUCAAAUACACCAAGGAGAGAAAAAUAACAAGAUUCUUGUCAACAAUGAGCCAAUCAGUGGAGGCUUCAGCAGAGAUGGCAUUUCAGUUGCCAAUGAUGGAACAUACAUGGUUGUUGAAAUCCCGGACAUCAAGUCCUAUAUCUCCUUCAAUGGACUCACCUUCACAGUAAAAAUGCCAUUCAGCAUGUUUGGACACAACACUGAAGGCCAGUGUGGCACAUGUUCAAAUGACAAAGUGGACGAAUGCCGCAUGCCAAGUGGCAAAGUAAUUUCCUCUUGUUCAGAAAUGGCUGCCGCCUGGCAGGUUCAGGAUGAAAAUAAGCCCAAUUGUGAAGGGCCCCCGGUACCACCUGCCACGCCAACAACUCCACCUGUGCCCUGCAAUUCUACUUCUCCUCUUUGUGAGCUGAUUUUGAGCGAUCUCUUUGCAGAGUGUCAUAAGAUUCUGAUGCCCAGCAUAUUCUAUGAGAGUUGCGUCGCCAAAUCAUGCCAUAUUACCAAUGAAUCUAUACCAUGCUUCAGCUUGGAAAUGUAUGCCUCCCUCUGCUCUGCUAAAGGUGCCUGUGCUGACUGGAGAAGCAAGACCCAAGGACAAUGCCCAUACAACUGUCCUAAUGGCAAGGUGUAUGAUGCAUGUGGCCCUCUUAAUCCUGUCACCUGUAAUUCCGGAACUGUUUACCAUACAAGUGAACAUGUUGCUGAAGGAUGCUUCUGCCCCAAGGAUAAGAUUCUCUUCAAUUCAUACACUGAUGUGUGUGUGUCAGAAUGCGCUUGUGUGGGACCAGAUGGAAUGCCCAAACUGGUGAGUAUUUCAGUCAGCACUUUCUCCAAGGCAUCUUUCCCAGAAACAUCUCCCAAAUACAGCUGUUUCCAGGAUUUCAUUGCAUUUUCCCACCUCUUAGUCCUCAUUUUGUUAUAUCCUGGAGCCAUUUGGAAGAGUAACUGCCAGGAGUGUGUCUGUGACCCAUUCUCUGUUACUGUACAAUGUAAGUCACUUACAUGUCAGACACCCGAGACACACGUGUGUGAGAAAGAAGGAUUCAUACCUGUCCCAGUGUUGACACCAGAAGACCCAUGCUGUCCUGAAAUUGAAUGCAGAUGCAAUACAAACGCCUGCUCCCAGGCCAAGAAGACUUGUGAGCCAGGGUAUCAGCUAGCCACUAUCCUUUCAGAAGGAGACUGCUGUGUCAAUUAUACAUGUGAAUCAAUACCAGAUGUCUGUGUGCUUAAUGGAACUAUUUACCAGGCUGGAACGUCUGUUCCAAUGGACUCUUGUAAGACGUGUACCUGCAGUUCUGAAGUAGAUCCAGUCUCCAACAGAAACCUUCUGCAAUGUGAGCUGGUCCGCUGUGACACUACUUGCCCCCUGGGCUAUCAAUACAUGAUGAAAGAUGGAAAGUGCUGUGGAGAGUGUGUCCAGGUGGCUUGCACAAUCAAGCUGACUAACAACACUGUCCAAGUGCUCAAGCCGGGUGAUAUCUGGAAGCCUGAAGAUAAUCCGUGCAGCUUUUACAAAUGUGAACAAAUUGAAGAUCAGCUUGUUUCAGUCACUGUUGUGCGAACAUGUCCUGCCUUUGAACCAGAGAACUGCAAGCCUGAUGAUGUACAGCUGACUGCUGAUGGCUGCUGCAAAACCUGUACCUCUGAAUCAGCAAACUGCAAGGUUAACAAGAACUCAACUGUGAUCCGCCACAAUGAAUGUGAAUCUUCUGAGCCUAUUGAACUGACAUACUGCAAAGGUGUUUGUGCCAGCUCCUCAACGUAUUCCUUUGAAACACAGCAGAUGCAACACAAGUGUAGCUGCUGCCAGGAACUCAAGAGCCACAAGAGAGAGGUGACCCUGACAUGCAGCAAUGGAACAAACAUGAAUUAUGACUAUGUCUAUGUGGAACAGUGCCAAUGCAUGACUGGGUGCAUUUCAGAAACCACAACCACACAACAGCUCCAACAGGAAGAAGAGCAGAAAAGAACAAGAUGAUCAUAGGAAAAAAGAACCCGACAAGUCUAAAGCAGUUAAAAUCAAAAGCAACAUAGAUAAAAUAACCUGUGCACCAGCUUAAAACUCUGUUUCUUACUUAUUUCAGCUUCCACUAUCAUCAUUUUUCACUUCUUAAAUGUGAGAAUAUUCAGCAGCCAAAUAACUAAGUCUUCAUAUGUAUUUUUAUUUCUAAACAAUACAACCUUGAGGGGAAAGGAUGAACAAAAUUAUAACUUGCAUUGUUAGAGUUUUGAGUUAAACCAAAAAGUACUUCCCUUUACCAUUUCCCCUGUGAAGUUCAGAGACCAUUUAGUUCUAUUCUUUUCACCUAUUUCUUUUUUUAGUAUUCUCAUUGUUUCAAUGGGUCACCCAUUAUGGUUAUUUGUGUGCACGUGUAAAUCUAAAAACAACUGAAGACCCCCUGAAAAAUAUCCCUUGUUUACAUCAUGGGAAUUCGCAAUUAUUCCAGUCAACUGUUUACAACAUUAAUGUUUUAGCAAGAAGUAGUAGGAUGACUCUUUAAAACAAAAAUAAUGGUGAUGGUGAGCUAAUGUUUUACGUAGAAAACUGAAUUUUGUAGUUACGUUGCACUGUCCUUUGCUAUUUAUUUGUGAGUAGAGAGAAUUUUAUGGGGCGGGGGUGUUCACUGUCUAUGGAUUUGUAUGGGGUUA